ACGUCAGCUGGGCUCCGUAUGUCGACACCGUUGACACAAUUGAUGCCAGUCAGUAUGUGGAAGUUACUUAUAAUUCGACUGCCCAGGCGAUCGAGUUCACGGCUCUGCCGUCUCUGUCUGGUGUCCGAGACUACAAUCAGAAGGGUUACCCGACACUUGCUCAGCUGACCGGCACCUGCCACAUGAUAUGCGGAGGGGACAAUGGUGAGUUCCAAUUUAUACUGCUAGUGCAGGACCGGAACACGGCCAGCCCGAAGUUCGGCGGCGACUUCUCCCGCAGUGUGGACGUGUCGGAAACGUUCCCCACCGGCAUCGUCGUGCCCGACCUGAUCAUUUCCGCCUCAGAUGCUGAUGCCGACGCGACAAACUAUGAACUGACCUUUGCGAUCAAAGGGGACAGCCCGUUCAGUCUGACCGAGCCUGUGAAGACCGGCGACGUGCUGCCCACGUACACGACCCAGCUGAAGCUGGCCGCGACUCUGGACUAUUCGAAGAACAAGACGUACCAGCUGACCGUCACCGCCAAGGACCCGGGAGGCAAGUCAGCUGAUGUCACGAUCACAGUCAAUGUCAAAGACGAGGACACGCAGCAGCCCAAGUUCGAUAAGGACAUCUACACCGCCACCGUGGAUGACCCAGAGACUCCUGGGCAGUUGGGGGUCAGCAUAAGCGCCACGGAUCCCGACGCUCCUGGAAACUUAACAUACACUCUGAUUAUGGAUUCCUCUGGAGGUACCUAUAAGAAGUACUUCUCGUUGGACCCGGCCACUGCAGAGCUGAACCUUACUCAGCCAAUCAGCGAUAUGUUGCAGCCUUAUGACACCACCGUCACAUUCACUAUUGAGGCCCAAGAAGAUGGAGGAUAUCAUUUUACAUGCCGUUCGGCGCUGGUCAUCAAACUUCCUGCACUGACUACCACCACCACAGCGCCCCCCACGUCCACCACGCCCGUUACAAGCACGGAGGCGAGCUCCUCCCCCACUACGGCAGCUACGGAGACAACAUCGGACGGGACAACACCCACCCCGGUGACGUCUUCGAGUACGGAGCCGACGGGAACAACGGCACAGACAACACCGGAGCCGACGGGAACAACGGCACAGACAACACCGGAGCCGACGGGAACAACGGCACAGACAACACCGGAGCCGACGGGGACAACGGCACAGACAACACCGGAGCCGACGGGGACAACGGCACAGACAACACCGGACGGGACAACACCCACACCGGUGACGUCACAGACUAGCACAGACACUCCUGUGACGUCGCCAACAAGCACAGACACAACAGCGGCCACAUCUGCCGACACCACCGUCACAUCGCCGGGAACAUCACCAACAACCGUGCCGACGUCAGCUGCGCCGUCAUCGACUCCGACUCCGACUCCGAGUCCGAGUCCGAGUCCGAGUCCGGUGGUGUGUCCGCUGUUUGUGCAGCGCCAGUGGUUCGCCAACAGCUCGGAGAGUUUCAGCGGCGAGGUGACCACGGUGGCGGCCGUCCCCGAGGCCGGAGCCGUCACCUACUUCCUGCGCACGCCCGGUUACGAAGACAGCUUUGCUCUCGAUGAGUCCACUGGAACACUCUCCAAGAAGGCGAAACUUGGCUACCAGCAGGUGUCUCUGCUGGUGCAGGCCAUUCCCGCCGGAGGAACACCCAAGAAUCAGACCGACCGCACUGACAUCGUCGACUGGGACGAAACGCUCAUUAUCGUCGACAUUAUGGACGAGAACGACUGCAGCCCGGUGCUCGACUGCUCCGCCUACGCCGACAGCUGCGACAGCGUCGUGGUCGGAUUUCCCGCCUCGACCACGGCCUUCCUGCCGGCGCCGCUGCUCCAACUCACGGUGACGGACGGCGAUCGGGGCGACUUUGGCGUGGCUGGCGUCCGCUACCGGGUGGACUCGGACGCGCUCGAUGUGGACUCGUCCGGAAUGCUCUACCUGGUCAAACGGCAGACCUCGGCCAUCAGGGCCACUGUCACUGCCCUCGACAACAACGGCCAGGACCAGUCCCACAGUGACACGGCCACAAUCCAGCUGGUGCCUGUUACCGACGACCAGGUGUUCUUCGUGCGCACGGAGAGCCAGCUGACGGACGUGGGCAGUGUGACGUCACUGCUGGAACAGAUCGCCCAGAGCGGCAGCUACCGGGCCGUGUUCUCCUGGGACUUCCAGGCGCUGAGCGCCGCCGACAAGGCGCCGUCCACACGGCGGCUCUCGGACGACGAUGAUGACGGCAGCGCAAUCUACUUCUACGCUCUGCGAGAGGACAGCGGAGGCGCCGUGGUCGCCGUCGACUCCGACGACAUCAAAGAAUCGCUGGACACCGUGGACUCUGUGGAAUAUGUGGAGACCAAAAAAGACCAGAUGUCCGGCGGAGGUAGCGGCGGGGACCCGGAAGGGGACAACACCGGCCUGAUUGUGGCCGUGGCUGUGUUGGCCUGCCUUCUGGCGGUCGUCAUCAUCGGGGCCGUGCUGCGUCAGCGUCAGCUGCUGCGGCGUCCAGCCGGCAGCUACGCCAGGCAGAAGAAUGACGCCGAGUCCUACGCCGGAGGGAUGGUGAACUCCAACUACUCACCUGAAGCUACUGGUCGGCGCAGCGAGAGCAAUACCUACAGCAACCACGCCUUCCAGUCCGGCCAGCAGGAAACAGACAGCCGCGUCUUCCAGUCCGGACCGCAGGUAACAGACAGCCGCGUCUUCCAGUCCGGACCGCAGGAAACAGACAGCCGCGUCUUCCAGUCCGGACCGCAGGAAACAGACAGCCGCGUCUUCCAGUCCGGACCGCAGCCGGCCGUCCACGGCCUCGGCUCGGAGCCUCCGUCAGAGAGCGCGCCGCGCCAGGAGCGCCGCCCGUCGUCCCCCGGCGAGCACCCGCUCAUCGACCUGUCCGAGACGCAGCAGCCGACACCCGAGGAGCCCACGCCCGACUACUCGCUCAAGUCGGUCGGCUUCAAGGAGACGGUGCUCUGCGUCUCCCCGGUGGCCGAGGAGGACGGAGAGGACGCAGAGGACGCAGAGGACGGGGAGGACGGAGAGGACGCUGCUGGGGAGGACGCUCCGGCCGCCGAGCCGGAGCCGGACGCUCAGACCGCCCCUGACAGCCGCCUCUCCGCAGAUGGCGAACAUGACGAAAACUCUAUGCUCUGAGCUCUAGCAGACAUGCUCUACAAUUCAAUAACUAUGUACCCCUGGAACUCUUUUCAGGAAGCCGAGUGUGCAUGUAUACAUAAAAGCGAUAUUAUGUGUCUCCACCACUGUUACUCACUAUACUUGGGGUUCUGGGCGAUCAGGUCAUGUUGUUUAGAGCAGCCGAUUUUCGAAUGUGAUUUCCUAGAAACGACAUGUGGUAAUCAAGCAAUCAGGAAUCGUUCAGAGUCUGUUAAGCUUUAUGGCAUGUGAUACCUGUGUAUGUAUUUUGGGAUGCAGCUUGUAAUAGGUGCCUACAGCCUGCACUGUAAGUAAAAUGGAAACGUCGCGAUUUCUUGAAGACCCUGUAUGCGACGGUUCACAAAUGUUAGAAGUUCUGCAAUGCUGCUGACCGCUGUUCGGGAAGAGGGGACAUUCGGAACUGUGGUAUUGAAUAGCUGGGUCAUUGAUUACGUAACACCGAAGUAUGUAGGUAGCUAGUUUGGCAUGAACCAAGCAUGCCUUUUGUUAUUUUUUGCUCGUAAUACGGGUGAAUGCGGUUAAUUUUGCAAUCAUUCAUGAGAAGUAUAUUUUUUCGUAACAUGCUGCCUCACUUCUCCGACUAUUGGUGGCAUUGAAUAUGAGAUGCAUAGUUUAUUUGGUUAGCAUUGGUGCCAGUAGUAGGCAUCAGUAGAUGCAGUAAACAGAGUAUGAUUUAUGAAUGUUAUCAAGCAUCAAUAGGUAAAAUGAUAACAUUUUGUGCUGGUAACCCUUCACAGUGUAGCCAUUAUUUAGCAACUGUCAGUCUCAACGUAAGUACCUAUAUAUGAAAUAUGAAAUAUAUGUAAUAUAUGAUACAUGAAAUGCCUAUAUCAAGCUCAUCGCAUUGGCUUCUACGGUUUGUCGUAAAUCACACAGAAUGUAUGUGCACUGGGUGUCCUUUCAGUGCUUCACUCCUGGCCCCUGAUUUCGACUCAAUAAAAUUUUAUGGAAAGUUC